AUGUCAGUGAACGCUCUUUGUCAGGGCAAUUUGAAAUCGAGGCUUUCUUUCAUCUCCAUCUCUUUAUUUUCACUUUUCUUCCUUUUUUCCCUCUGCCUUUCUUUUUCCAAACCUUCUUUCAACCCUCCUUUUAUUUUCCCAAAUCUCACACAUUCCUAUCUAUCUAUCUAUCUAUCUAUCUAUCUAUCUAUCUAUCUAUCUAUCUAUCUAACGCGAAGUUCUUCAGUAGUGUUGUCCAAUGUACGCAAAUACAUCAUUAACCAACAUUUAUUAGAAAUAAUCAUGUCUCCGAGCUUGCUCGUUUGUAAAAAGGUACUUCAUCAGCUCGUGGUAGAUAUUGAUGGCGAAAAAGCUUCUCUCAUUUACAUCCCUAGAAUCCCAUUCCUCAAUUCAAAUCUCUCUCUCUCUCUCUCCUCAUCUAUCUAUCUAUCUAUCUAUCUAUCUAUCUAUCUCAUUUUAUUUAAAUCUAUCUAUUUAUCUAUCUGCCACAGUCUAUUCAGAUCUAUCUAUCUAUCUAUCUAUCUAUCUAUCUAUCUAUCUAUCUAUCUAUCUAUCUAUCUCAUUGUAUUCAAAUCUAUCUAUCUAUAUGACAUUCUAUUCAAAUUUAUAAAUCUGUCUGCCUCAGUCUAUUCAAAUCUAUCUAUCUAUCUAUCUAUCUAUCUAUCUAUCUAUCUAUCUAACGCAACUUCUUUGUGUCUUUCACGGAUGGCCUCGAGCUCAGCUGCUCGCUUAUCUACGGAAAGUGCUGUAGCGCGGACUGAAAGGUUAGCUUCAGCGGCUUCAACCAGUUCCGCACGCCGCGACAGGCUUUCAGUUGAAGAACGUUCACUUCAGAAUUCACAGGACGCAGUCCGCGACCGACUUAGUACAAAUACAAUCCUCCACAGCGAAAUAACUCCACAAGAGCAAGUUAUAAAUAUUCUUUUGUUACCUCUUUCUCUCCCUAUUUUCUCACACACAUACACACAUUCAUUUUUUUCAUUUCUAUCUAUCUAUCUAUCUAUCUAUCUAUCUAUCUAUCUAUCUAUCUAUCUAUUAGCUAGCUUCCUCUGUUUACAGCUAGCUAGCUUAGUUUGUUUAUAUCUAUCUAUCUAUCUAUCUAUCUAUCUAAUUCUUUUCAUACAUGUUGCAUUUUUUUCCGUCUAUAUAUCGACACAUUUUGCAUACAGACAUAUAGGCACAUAUGUAAAUAACUUUAUACAUUUUAAGUACUUGAUAAAGGAAAACACGAAGCCUAUAUUUUCGUCAAAUUUCACCAACAGCUUCAUUAAUACGAGGAAAAGAAUUUUAUUCAAAAACAGACCUUUUUAA